UGACGAAGCAUGCGCAACAAGAACUUAGGAACGAAUGUUGGAAGGUCGUUAAAUUUCUGCACAAAUACUUCGCAUCGGUAAUUUCUUUAAACGCAGGUUAUUUUGAAUAAUAAUGCGUGCUUGUGGAUGACGCAAUCGAUCAUUUUUUAAUGUUAAUAAAAGUUAUCGUUCUGCCUAUUUAUCACGACCUUGAACUGUCAAAUGAUGCUGUACGUGAAAAAUAAUGAUCACGAGGAAUCACAUGGAAUGAUGCAAAUCCGUGGAACUUAGUGGUAAGGAGAUCAGUAAUGUCAGAAAUAGGAACAGUAUUAGUGCUACAUAGUUCGAUCAACUGACUCCGCGCAAAUUAGUAUUCGGUAAUUAGUCGUACUUACACGAAAGUUUCAUUCUUACAUAUGGGAAAUGAGCACAGCGCCGAGCGAAAUCUCCGUUAAACCCCCAGGUAUUGAAUUUGCGAUUGGAGCAUUAGCGGCAACAGGCGCUGGAUUUUUCACAAAUCCAAUCGACGUGGUAAAAGUACGCCUACAGUUACAGGGAGAACUAGCAGCACGUAAUUCGUAUAAGAAAAUAUAUAAAAAUACUUUGCACGCAGCUUACUUAAUAGGGAAACAUGAAGGCGUGCUUGCUUUGCAAGCAGGUAUCGUGCCAGCCCUUUAUUUUCAAGUGGUGCUUAAUGGAAUACGGUUAGGUGUGUAUAAUACAGCAAAAAAUCAUGAGCUUAUAACUAAUCAGAAAGGAGACACUGCUAUAUUCAGCACUGUAAUAGUAACUGGAUUGUCUGGAUGUAUGGGAGCAGUCCUCGGUAGUCCAUUUUACAUGAUUAAAACACAGUUACAAUCACAAUCAGCACAGUCCAUAGCUGUAGGUCAUCAGCAUAAUCAUAUGGGCACAUGGUGCACUAUUAAGUCUUUAUGGAAAGAAGGUGGAAUUGCUGCUUUGUAUCGUGGUUGGUAUGCUGGCGUACCACGCCUUUUCGUAGGCUCUGCUACACAAUUAACUACAUUCGGCUUAGCUGCAGAUUGGCUACGUUCGCUAGACAUACUAACAGACCAGCCGAUAUUAUUGACAUUCGUGGCCUCUGCAAUCGGUGGUAGUUGCGUGGCGCUUACGAUACAGCCAUUCGAUGUUUUAGCGACAAGACUAUACAAUCAACGAACCGAAGUAGGCGGUAAAGGUGCAUUGUACGGCGGUCUUGUGGACGCAUUCUUAAAAAUAUUUCGAACGGAAGGAGUGACCGGUUUAUAUAAAGGGCUCGUUCCGACGUGGAUGAGAAUAGCGCCACACACUGUGCUAUGUUUGGUAUUUUAUGAAAAGCUAGAUCAAUUAUACAGUAGAUUAAAAAAUUAACACAACCAAAGAUAGACUAAUUGUAUAUGUUUAUAGUUGUCCCAGAGAUAUACGGGAGUAAAAAUGUUAUGAUUGUUAAUAAUAUUCCAUGUAUCGUAAAGUGAAAUAGAGUAAAUUUCAAUUUUAAUUUUUUAGAUAGACAGCGAUGUGUUUCAUAAUUUAAUAAUUCAUCCGUCAUUUAAAUAACGAGGUCCAUAGGAUCUCAAAUUUACGACGGUACCUUAAUGCGUUCGAAGUCAUUAAAAAUACUUAAAACAAAUGUCUACCUUCCAACGUAUCAUUUGUUUUCUGGUAUUUAAAUAAAUUAACGUUAAAGCAAACAUUUACAGGCGGACUUGAAUUAAUCAUGUGAAUAAAUUAUGUCUUUGAAGUUUAUAAAUUCGCAUGUUUAACAAACGAAAUGAUCUUAUAAAGUCCAUCAUUGAAAAGUUUUCUAUGUACAUACUUAUCUACGCACAGAAAGGUGUGAUAGAAAAGUUCUUCGUGUUCCAGUUUCUUUAAUUUAAGAAACAGUUCUGGAAUUUGGUCUAGAUCGAAAACCUUGACUUAUGGAUGCUGCAAUGUCCAUUGUACUCCUUCCUCUCGUUUCGGGUAAAUAUAU